AUGGCUCGAGUUGUUCGUAAUAGCAAAUUUCGUCAUGUCUUUGGACAACCAACUAAAAAAUCUGAUUGUUAUGAUAAUAUUCGUAUAACAAAAAGUGCAUGGGAUUCAACAUUUUGCUCUGUUAAUCCAAAAUUUCUUGCUAUUAUUACGGAAUCAGCUGGUGGUGGUGCAUUUCUUGUUUUACCACUUGAUAAAGUUGGACGUGUUGAUCGUGAUGUACCACUUGUUACUGGUCAUAAAGCAGCUGUACUUGAUAUAGCAUGGUGUCCACAUAAUGAUAAUGUUAUUGCAAGUGGUUCAGAAGAUUGUACGGUUAAAAUUUGGCAAAUACCUGAUGGUGGUAUAACAACAACAUUAACACAAUCAACUGUUGAUCUUGUUGCACAUCAACGUCGUGUUGGACAAGUACUUUGGCAUCCAAGUGCACUUAAUGUUUUACUUAGUUCUGGUAGUGAUAUGAAAAUUUUUAUUUGGGAUGUUAGUAAAUCAACAAUAUUAUCAACAAUUGAUUGUCAUUCAGAGAUGAUUUUAAGUGUUGCAUGGAAUUAUAAUGGUUCACGUAUUGUUACAUCAUGUAAAGAUAAAAUGUUUCGUGUUAUUAAUCCACGUACGGGUGAAAUUAUUCAAUCGGGUGCAGGACAUCAAGGUGGAAAACCAGCAAGAGCGAUUUAUUUACGUGAUGGACGAAUAUUAUCUACAGGUUUUUCUAGAAUGGCUGAACGACAAUAUGCUGUUUGGGAUGAGAACGAUUUAAGUGCUCCUUUAACAAUGGUAGAACUUGAUUCAUCGAAUGGAGUUUUAUUUCCAAUUUAUGAUGAAGAUACUAAUAUUAUUUUUCUAUGUGGAAAGGGUGAUUCAGCAAUUCGAUAUUUUGAAUAUACACCAGAAGCACCUUACAUUCAUUAUUUAAGUACAUAUUUAUCAUCAGAUCCACAACGUGGUAUAGGUGUUAUGCCAAAACGUGGAUUGAAUAUAUCUUCAUGUGAAAUAGCUCGUUUUUAUAAAUUACUUAAUAAUGGUCUAUGUGAAGUAAUUAAUUUUACUGUACCUCGAAAAUCUGAACUUUUUCAAGAUGAUCUUUAUCCGGAUACAGCUGCUGAAGAACAUGCUAUAACUGCUGAUGAAUGGAUUAAUGGAGUAGAUGCUGAUCCAAAAUUGAUAUCUAUUCGAGAUCUUCAUUUGGGUCCAAAAUCACCAUCAAGUGUCAAUAGUAGUAAUCAAUCCACUCAACAAAAACCAAUUGUCUUUGAAAAACCAGCUUCAAGUCCAAAACCAACAAUAGAUCAAAAUACUAAUGAUAGUAAUAAUGGUAUUCAUCAUAAAGUACAGACGGAUACAACUUCUGCUGUUCCAAUAAAGAAAAUUUCACCACCACCCGAAAAAGUAGAAACAUCAAAUGAUACACAAUAUGAUAGUAUAGUGGCUAAAUUAGAAAGUAUAAUGCGUCGUAUGGAUAAUUUUGAUCGUCGUUUAAAACUUCUUGAACAAUCAUCUGAACCUAAUCAAACAAGAGAAUCCGUUAUUGAAGAUGUUAAUAAUCUUUUGAAUGAUGAUGAUUUACAAUUUUAA